AUUGUUUUAAUUUGUUUUUUUUUAGCUAAAAAAAGUAAUAAAAAGAUAAUAUUAAUAUGGCGGGUAUAUUUCAUCCUAGUCGUGGUGGCGUACGUGGAGGACAAGACCAGUUCAAAUGGGAUGAUGUCAAAACAGAUAAAGACAGAGAAAAUUAUUUAGGCCAUUCGGUAAUGGUACCUGUGGGCAAGUGGCAGGAAGGAAAAGACCUAAUUUGGUAUACGCGUGACAAAAAUAAUAGUAAAAAGAUGACUGCUGAAGAAAAACGCAAAGAGGAAUUGAAAAAUGUCAAAAAUAUAGAAGCAAGAGCAAUGGCUGCUGCAUUAGGUCACAAGUCUUUCAGUAUGGGUACGACAUCUCUAACAGCUAAGGAAUUACAAGAGGUCUUGUCACGUGGGCAAACAGAGCACAGUGCAGGAGACAAGAUUCAAGGGAUGGGUUAUAAAAAAUCUCUACAAGGACGCAAGCAAGCAAAAUAUGGAACUGAAUUUGAGGGUGGACGAGUUGACAAUUCGAAUUCUGUAGUUACACAUACUGAAGAAAUAAGUGUAAAAAAGAGAAAGAAGGAAAAGAAAACAAAGAAGAAGAAAGAAAAGAAACACAAAAGAAAAUAUAAUUCAAGUUCUGACGAAAUGGAGCAGCCUACUUCUUCACGCAGACAAAAAGACGAUGGGCGAGGACGCGGUGAAAGCACGAGUGAACGUGCUCGACACUCAGAUGGGGUUUCUAGCCAUAGAAAAAAACAUGAAGAUAGAUACGAUAGUCGUAAAUAUAAAAGAGACGAGAAUGAAACACACGAGAAAACUUACAUACGACAUCGAGAAAGUGUUAACGACCAAAAAUCUCGUCGUCGUGACAAUAGACAUGAUGGGUCAGAUGAUGAACGCAGAAUGCGAUCCACCUAUCGUGAUGGAGAAUACGACAAGUAUAAAAUCGAGAGGACGUCACGUGCUGAGACGCCGUAUAAACAUUCGUCAAGACAUCGGUUGGACAGUUCUUAUGAAAAGGCUUAUACUCGAAAACGGAGGUUGCAUGAUAGUUCCGAUAGCAACUAGGAUUUUUAUAUGUAGAGAUUUUUUUUAAAUUUUAUUGUCGAGAGAUAUAAUUUUGUACAUA